CCACCAUGCUGGCAAAGAAUGGGAGGGUGCUUGGGACCCCCCCCAGCUCUGCAUGCUCUGGCUGCCCCCAGCCUGGCUGCCAUCUCUCUCCCACCCUCCAGAAAGGAGGAGGGUCUGGCAGCCAGCAGAGCAUGGUGGAAGAGGCGGCAAGGCAGGCGUGCAGAAGGCAAAACCCAGGCUUGUCUGCCUGGUGAGAGGGAAGAUGAGCACAGAGGAUGCUGUCAAUGGGACCUCUCCUACCUUGCCUCUCCUUGAGCUUCUGGUUCCAACCACUAAGUCUGUCCCACUCAGCCCUGCAUCCCCCGAGAUGGCAGACCCACUGACUAUCAUUGUUGCACUUGUCUGCAUCUUCCUUCUCCUGGCGACCUUCCUCAUCUUUGUCACCCUCUGCAAGCUGGCGGCAGUGGACCAGUCCCGCUCUGGGCCCUGCGAGUGCAUGCCCCACCACCCAGUGGAUGCCAGUGAGCCCCAGCUGAGGCUCUGGAAGCGUCUGGGCUCCCUGCGAUGCUCCAUCAACACCUUCAGGAGGAGUCGGCCAGUUUUCCAGAGCCAGCUUCCCUGCCCCAGGAGCUUCCCUGCCAGCCAGGACUGGGACAUCAUGGAGUCCACCAAAAUGUGAUCCUGCUCUGCAGGAACUAAUUCACCCCACACCGCUAUUCUUUCCCAAGCUUUUGGUUCAGGUUUAGUUCCCUCCUCAAACAGCUCCUGGUAUCCUAGGCAUCCUGGCAGAACCCCAUUAAGCAGCCUAUUUCCAGGCAGCAGCUCUGCGAGGUGACAGGAGAUUUUACUCUUUCGUGUUCCUGAAUGCUUUUCAGGUUACUGUUUCCUGGCAGGAAAGGUGGAGGCAUCCAAACUACACCCACACACAACUAUCACUGAGCAGUCCAAUAAAAUAUUGCCGUUUAAUUUCUUUUGGAAAAUGCUGUGCAAGUUGUGAGACACCUGGACAAACAGCCUGGGCAAGAACAGAACCUGGCUGCCUAACAAAUAUCACUUUGAAGAGAUGCAUCCCAGUGCAAAUGUGCUCUAAAAAAGCUAUCCUCAGCUGACACUGCCUCCUGAGAUGUGCUCCUGAGCAGGUGGAGGAAGGCUCACGUUCCUUGUUCCCCCUAGUCCCCAUGCAACAAGCCAUGGGUUGCUGUGGUUGAUGCUUGGAAGGUUGAUGCUACAGCUGUCUGCUGGAAACCGGCUUCAAUAAAUGAGCAGCGGGAGCAGGUAAACAUGCCUUUAAAUGCAUUAAAGAGGCCUUUUGAGGCUUGCAGGCGCUGCCAGCUUGGAAAGGCACCACACAAGCUGAGCCAUGUGUUUCCUCUGGGAGAAGGUACAACAGCCAGCAGGUAAUCUGAAGUGCUUGAAGGAACCAGUAGGAGAAAGAAAAAGUGGUUUAAAUCUUACAGCUCUGCAGCUCGUGCUAAGAUCAGCCACUGAGUGCACCUCUUUGGGUGCAGUCUUCAUGCCUAGCGAGGCCCUGUGAUGAGCACCAAACCCCAUUUCUAUGGGUUUCACAUGGUUCCUGACCCUCAAGCUGCAGCAGCUCUGCAUGAAGACCUCUCUGUGCUGCCUGCAAUAUUCCCGCUUGCCUCUGGUCCUGGACUGCUUGGCUUUCGGACUUGUGCCUAUCCAGCAGCUCACGUGGCUCUGAAUGUGCAAAAUAAGCUGAGUUUAAAUGAGCAGCAAAAUGGCUCUUGUCCUUUGGUUGUUUAAAGCCAGGCCAAUCGCUGGUCAGGGCAGGAGUGGAGGGUGCAGAGGGAUGGACUGGGGGGAUGAUGUGGGCAGCGUCCACAAGAAGGGGAUGGGGAUGCCGUAAAAAAACUCUUGUUGCCAUACGGAGGUGGGGACAUAUUUGAAGGGGGAGAACUUCAAUGGUCACUUUUAAAGGUGUAAAUUAAACUAAACCCAGGUGAUUACCCAUUUGUACUUCUACCUGAUUUCAUUCUGCAGAAAACAAACUUCCCCCAAACAAUGCCUUUCCUUUGUGACACAUUGCCAAGGGUCUCUCUUUUGGGGACCAUUCUCUAAAAAAAAGGGGACUUUGAUGUCAAACUCAGGUUUUCUCCAUCCCUAACCCUUCAAUUUGCUAAAAUGGCUCCGUUCUGGAAGUCCCAUGGCAGGUUUUCUCUGCCUAUGCAGCUCCCCUGCACAUCUCUACCCCUGGGUGCAGGGAUUACGGGCAGAUUCCUGACCCAUUAUGGGCAGAUUCCUGACCCUAGAGACACGCACCACACUAUGAGCACCACGUACACUGUGCCAUGGCAUAACAGGUAACAAGGAGUCGUGGGGCUUGCGCUUGGAGACUGUCCAACCCGAGCACCACACACAGCUCCCAGCAAGCCUUUGUUGCAAGAGGCAAAAGGCUCCUUUCUUCCCUCCCAGUGACUCACUCUGCCUGCGAGAGCCAGGGACAAAGCUGCCCCUUUCCCCGCACCGGGAGAGGUAUUCAAGGCAGGAGGAGCCUUCCCAGGGCCCUCUGCAAAGAGCCUUUGGUGCCCACUCCAGAAGAGCCCUGGGUUUGAAGGGAUGCUGGAAGCCCUCAGAGGCUCUGUGAAUGCCUGCAUUCAUUCGGCACUCACUGAGCCAUUCAGCUCUGCCUACCGCUCCCUCAAAAAAGGAACAAAAAUGAAAGCAAAGUCCAAACACCAUUCUCUCUCCAUUUUCCCCUGCUCUCAGAGCAUCUCUUUGCAUGUACUCUUUUCCCUCCUCCUUGAGAUCUCUGUUCUGUGUCCCUUUUCUGCUGGGAGGAGGGAUGCAGCGAGGCAGAGGAGCCUUGCCAACACAGAGCUUGGGAUUUUUCCUCUCACCCCUGCAGAAACAGGGCAAGUUUCUUAUUUUUCUGCCUUCUCCAUGAUGCUCACAGCCUGGGUUUGAAAAGGAGCAGAGGAGUGUAUAAGCAAGAACACGUCUUGCCCUGGUCUGGAGGAACAAACCACCAAUGGGGAAAGAAAAUGUGCUUCCUGGGCUUCCUGCAGGUCACAGCUGCAGUGCCAGAGAGCAGGAGAUCCCAUCACCCACCCAAGGGGCCUGGUGGAAGAGAGC